GUGUGUGUGUGUGUGUGUGUGUGUGUGUGUGUGUUAGUAGGGCAACGUUUCUGGGGUGCAAUGUUGUUUCUGACCUGGAUUAUAUUUUCCCCAUUUCUUUUGGUUGAGUUAUUGGAUGUGAAGGUGAUUCAUUGAGGAAUCAGGUUGUGAAGACAUCUGCUGACACAGAUGGAAAUGGAGGUGGGCGUGUUCCUGUAGCAGAGGAGGGUUUUCCCUCAGCUCGUAGUCUGGGUGGCAAGAGGAUGGUCUCACUCUGUGUUACCCCGGUGUGAGACCCACACGGACCUGAACAAAUGUUUUUCAUGACACGGUGGUUCUUCUACACGGAUUGCCGUUGCCAAAGAAUGAGAGUAUGACUAAAGUUUGAACACGGUGGUUGCGUGGACGCGUGUGGCUGGAGGAACGAAGCUGGAUCAGCGCCCCGCCCAGAGCUGUCUGUGAUGGCUCACCGCUCCAGCCCUGCACCUCAUAAUGAGCUUUGUCUAAGCCAAGGCUUUAUGCAAAUCAACAAAGGAGGCCUCCACCGACACCGCCGGGCCUCCACAGCCCAGCUGUACAUCCUGCCCCUCACAUCUCUACAAGGUGGAUGAGCUGUCUCAUGGCGCCCUGCACAUUACAGCCCAUUAAAGUGUCUACCUCUCAAUGGGGGGGGAUACCCCACCAGUGUGAUUUACAGCCCUCAUUCUCCCCCACAGCUCGCUCUGCAACAGCCUUUGGAACUGAAAUCAGAGUGGUCCGUGAGAGGCCAUCUGCCAGGGGGUAGUGUGGGUUCAUCUGCCCUGUGCACGCUGUCCUCGGGGAAACGUUCUGCUCUGCCGCUGUGUAGUUCUUGGUGUCACCUGGUGUCGGGGACUAUUAAGGUUGUUCUAAUGGUUGUUUGAAUGAAAACCCCUGGAGACCCAUGCUGAUGCAGCCCUAUGGCGCGUUUCCACCGGAGGGUGCGGGUCGGUUUCGGUGCGCAAAGUUGCGGCACGUAUCGCGUUUCUGGACAACGGCGAAAGCUUUGUUUAUCGAAGAAAAUGUCGGGCAAUGGUUUGCCGGCCUUCUUGGACGUCCUACAUUGUUGAUCUUAGUUCAUUGUGCGCCGCCUUCUUUUUUCUUGGAUUUAUUUGAAGGCUACACUGUGUCGGGCUGCUAUGAGGUCCUGAUGCUAAUGUAGCUGCCGCGGCUAUCACCAUCCAGCCCCCCCCCCCACCAUAAGGGUACUGUCGGCGGUGGAACCGCGAGCCGUAACUCAGCCGCACUUAACCGCACCCUCACUACUCCACCAAGCCGCACCGAACCGACCCGCAGCCUCCGGUGGAAAUGCGCCACUACACGCAGUCUGGUAGUAGGCCUGCCGACGCUCAGUCCAGGAGUGUGGUGGUCCAAAAGGUUUGCCGGUGAGCCGUCUGUUAGGCAGAUGCAUGUUGACCUGCUCCUUGACCCUCCGGCUAUCUGUGUCUAGGUACAACAGGAGUACAAAUGUUGUGUGGCACUCAGAGACUCAUGGGGAGAGGGGAGACAAUGGGCCGGUUUAUGUGGAGGGAUAUUUGUGGUUCCCAGUGUGUCGCCCCAGGGCACCAUGUGACUCCCAUUCAGGGCCUCCCUCUCAGCCCUCUGACCCUGAGUGAACAUCCCCAUUCAUCCUUCAGAUGUGUGUGUGUGUGUGCCAUCCCAUGCCAUCAACCCUCAGCGACCUUCAGCCCCUGUACUGAGGAGGACCUAGGAGUCUCCCUCCAUCAACCAUGUGCUGUCACUUCACCACCAACGCUUUGUAAUGCACAAACAUGGGCAGCCUCUGGACAGGAUCAUCUGCCCUCUCCUUCCUCUCCACCAAGGGGACGAGGAACCUGAUUGGCCAGCUGUGGUCCAUCCUCAGAGGGUAAAACCCUCAUUGGACCAGCUCCUUUGAUCCUGGUGAUUUGUUAUGUGAGGUCUGAUGUCCAUGAGUGCUCAGGGUUCCAGUGUGUUGACACUCUGUUAAUCCUGCUCCCUUUAAUCCUACUUCCUUUUAUACAUUUUGACUUUUUGUUUGACUUUUUAUUUAGCGUCUUUGAACAUUUGUCGAAGAUUAUUACUUAUUAUUUGUGUGUGUGUGUGUGUGUGUGUGUGUGUGUGUGUGUGUGUGUGUGUGUGUGUGUGUGUGUGUGUGUGUGUGUGUGUGUGUGUGUGUGUGUGUGUGUGUGUGCACGUAUGCGUGCGUCCCGCCCAGUACGGGGGUUUAUUCCGGUCAGGUUUUAUGUCCAGCCACUUAGGGUCAAAUAAAGGAAAGGACUUGCCAAGUAUUGAAAUGUCCAAGUGUGUUUGCUUCUACACAGCUUUUCUUGUACACAGUGAGUCUCAUUUGUAUACAAACAGUAUGGAAUGUGUUUAGCGCACAUUGUUCAUCAGUGAGUGACCGUAACGUUGACAUAGCUCAUGGGAUGGUUUUCUCCCUUUCCGUGUUGGUUUCUAUUGGUCAAGACGGAGUCCGUCUAGCGGGGGUUGCUGAGCCUCUAUUAAACAGGAAACCAGUCCUGUAGCGUCUGAAGCAGACCAUGCUUCAGGUCCGCCCUGUGAGCCGGCUGUUGCACACCUUCAUUGCCAGGGACUCCGUCCAAUCCAACUCAACUUCUCUGCAAAGGCCGGAUUCACUGCAGUUAAAUCCAGACGCAGAUUCUCAUUGUCACGCAAACUUUUCAAAUCAUCUCAGAUUUGGCGGUUUCAAUAAUCCAUCAAUACAUUUUCUGAAUGCAGUGAAGAACAGAACCCUCUCUUUUCUUGGCGCUCUAUCUUUCAGAAGGUAGUCCGGGGGGGGGGGUGAUGUGAUGACAAAGAAAGUCCUCUUGGCGUAGACUCGUCCAGGCCUCCUAUGGGAGCAGAGAUGUCCCCGGUGACAGUGGGAUAUCCUCCAAGAGUCCCCUCCUUUGUCCGCUACAUGCAAAGGCCUCCUUUGAAAUACAACCUCCCCCUCUGCUCCUCUCCUCUGGGCGGCUCCGGCAGCGGGGGGGUUAAUGCUGAGCAGCGCCACCAGCAGCAGGGCAGAGAGAGGCAGGAGUUGCAGGAGGAGGGGAGGAGGGGAUGGGGGCCCAGGGAGCAGGGGAAGGGGGUGGGGGCUGGUCCACAGCUGUUGUAGUAGGCAGGGUCUAUCGGGGUAGGAAGCCUGCCUCACUCGUCCUGGAACAAUGGGAGACGUAGCUGGCUCUGCAGAGAGGCCAGGCUACGCACACACACACACACACACGCACACAUACACACACAUGCGCUGUCGUGCCCACGGAAGCUGUGUUUCUAGCCUGGGAGUAGAGGGUUAGGCUAACCCUAGCUGUGGUGGGUGACAGUUCUCUGGAGUAAUGCUGAAUCAAAUCUCUUUUAGUCCAGGAACCAGUUGAACCAAGUGAGAAGCUGCUAGCCUAGCGCCCUCUCUGUAGCCUCUUCCUUUACCGGGUUUCUGGAUCUCCCUGGUGUGAGGAUCUCUGAUGCUGUCAGUGGGGAACAGAGACGACCGUAGCCACAGCAAGAGGAGAACAUGAUGUCGGACGUGACGGAGCAGAGGAUGUGUGAUGAACCCUUUGGUUCAGACGAGGAGGGAGAGGAGGCGGACGUGGAGUCCUACCUGGAGGACAACAGCAGUGAGCUCAUGGACCGACUGAGGGAGUUGGAGGCAGAGAACUCUGCGCUGCUCCUGGCCAACGAGAGCCAGAGGGAGGCGUAUGAGAGAUGUCUGGAUGAGGUGGCCAACCAUGUGGUCCAAGCGUUGUUAAAUCAAAAGGACCUGAGAGAGGAGUGCAUCAAGCUGAAGAUGUUGGUGUUCGACCUGGAGAGACAGAACCGCGCACUGUGUGAGCUCUUCCAGCAGAAGCUCCCCAACCACCCCACGACGCACUACCAGUUCCCCGCGGGCCCCCUCCCAGAUUACAGUGCCCAGCCGCACCCCGACCCCACCAAGCAGGUGGAGGCUGCACAGACCGAAGCACAGGCCAAGGGUAACGGCUACCGCACACAGCACACCUCCCCGGGCCCCCGGGGGCCCGCCGCCUCCAUGGAGGCCCUCUCCCCCUUCUUCAAGAAGAAAGCACACAUCCUGGAGGUCCUGCGCAAGAUGGAGGAGACGGACCCGCUCAAGUUCCACCCGUCCACCACCAGCCUGUCGUUCUGCGACUACAGCCAGGUGCUGAUGUCCACCGAGGCCGUGCUGGCGGCCACCGCCGAGCCCGUCCCCCUGCAGCUGCCCCCCAAGGGCCACCACCACCACCACCACCACCUGCCCCGCUGCCCCUGCGCCUGCCCCGAGGCGGACGGCCCCCCGCACGCCAACGGGGACGGCCCGCUGCAGCGCGAGGCGGGCGGGACCAAGGGCUGCGGGUUCCACUGCGGCAGGGGCCAAGAAGGCCCCUCCAAGCCCUGCGCCCACGUCUGUAGCGCCCUCGCCGCCGCCGCCGGCCCCCCGCAGGGCCACCCCGCCCCCCCCGCCGCCACCCACUGUCCCGCCAAGAGCACAGCGGGGCCGGAGCCCGCCGGCCCCGCCCCCAAACACUGCAGCAAGAAUGAAAAGCACCAGCCGCUCGCACAGGCGGCCAAUCAGAGCCACGAGGCGGCGGCGGCGGCGGAGCUCGACGGGGCGGGCCCCCCCCCGGGGAGCCCCCCCCCGGCGGGCGUCUCGGAGGGGCUCUCGGGGUUCUACCCGUCCUCCUCCUACCGUCCCGUCCCUGAGAAGGAGGGCCAGGCGGAGCCCUCCGUGCACAACGGGCUCCCCCCGCCCCCCCCGGCCCCCGAGGAGCCCUCGCUGUCGGACGUCCCAGAGCGGGACACGGCGCGGCGGGUCCCCCCGCGCUGCCCCCCGGCCGAGGGCAAGGCCGCGGCCGCCGGCUCCCCGUCCAAGCUGCUGAAGUUCCUGAAGAUCCCGGGCGUUGGGGAGAAGGCCCCGUGCGCGGCCCCCGCCGGCCCCGUGCGCCUCAGCCCGCAGCUCACGCGCAGCUCGCGCAUCCCCUGCCGCACCAACACCUACGAGGUGUACCACUCCCCGGUGCCGCCGCGCCGCGCCGCCACCGCCGAGCGCUGCCCCCGCCAGCCCCCCGCCCCGCCCUCCCGCUCCGAGUCCUACCCCGCCACGCACUCGGCGCCCACCUCCCCCCCGCAGCCCGAGGGGGGGGCCCCCUCCCCGCCCGCCAAGGAGGGGCCCUUCCCCGGUCUCCCUGCCCUCAAGGAGGGGCCCUACGUAGGCCUGUUGGCCCCCAAGGAGGGGCCCUUCCCCGGCCUCUUGGCCCCCAAGGAGGGGCCCUACUUAGGCCUGUUGGCCCCCAAGGAGGGGCCCUUCCCCGGCCUCUCUGCUCUCAAGGAGGGGCCCUACAUAGGCCUCUUGGCCCCCAAGGAGGGGCCCUUCCCUGGCCUCUUGGCCCCCAAGGAGGGGCCCUUCCCCGGCCUCUUGGCCCCCAAGGAGGGGCCCUACGUAGGCCUCUUGGCCCCUAAGACCAGCAGCAGGACGGGCACGGCCUCCCCCUUACCCAAGGGCCCCGUCCAGACCCGGGUUCCACACUACGAGAACGUGGCCGACCUGCCCGCCCGGGGUCCCGAGGAGGCCCCCGCCCGGGGCCCCGAGGGGCCCCUGGCCCUGGAGAAGAGGCCCAGGCCCUCCUCGCAGGCGGCGGGGUCCGGCAGGAAGCUGGUGAAGUCGCUACCGGAGAGCGCCCUCCGCGCUCCCCCUCCGCAGCGCAAACAGUCCUCUUCCUCGCCCUCCUCCUCCUCCACGUCAGACGAGGAGGGGGAGGAGGAGGAGGGGGAGGAAGAGGAGGAGGGGGAGGAGGAGGAAGAGGAGGAAGAGGAGGAAGAGGAGGAGGAGGAGAGCCCCGUCUGGAGGUCCCACCCCAGCCGGGCCGCCCCCUCGGGUGCGGACGAGGCGCCGGCCGGUCCCCACUACCCCAGGGAGACCCCCGUGGCCCAGGACCCCCAGGACCUCCAGCCGCCCCCCCUGCCUCCUCCUCCCCCCCCCCCGGCCGCCCCGGCCAAGAGGAGCGACUCCUCGUCCAUCCCCAAGAGGCCGGGCAGCGGGCCGGGCCGCUCCCCGGCCGACUCGGGACACCACGCCUUCAAGGACCGCCUGGCGGCGCUGGGGAAGCUGCGCAGCUCGGAGGACCUGCGCCUCAGGGCGUCUGAGGGCCCCGAUGCGGUCGGUGAGGGCCCCGCAGCCCCCGGUGAGGAGCAGGGCCCGACCCUGGAGCGGCCUGCCGAGCCCAGGGAGGGGCCCUCCAGAGAGGGGCCCUCCAGGGAGGGGCCCCCCAGGGAGGGGCCCCCCAGGGAGGGGCCCAGGCACGGGAAGCGCUCGGACUCGCUGGACGGCAAGGCCAAAGCUCCCGGCGGGGCUCUGAAGUACCCCGGCCCCUCCCUGUACGAGGCGGGCGCCAAGCCUGCGGGCGGGGGGCCGGCGAGGCCGGAGCCCAAGACGGACAGCCCCAAGAGCAGGAUCGGCCUGCCCUCCCCGAGCGCCGACCCGCCCCAGGUGCCGCGCAACAGCAUGCGCUGUCCCGGCUCCCUGAACCUGGCCUACACCAAGGCCGGCUUCGGCCCUCCCGGCGGCAGCAGCCCCAACAAGAUGCCCCCCAAGUCGCCCUCCAAGCCCACCCAGGGCCCCCCGCCGCGGGGGCCCCGGCCGGCCGACGCGCCCCGCUACUCCUCCAAGUCGGAGGAGCGCUCCAAGAUCGGCGGCAAGGGCAAGAAGACCCCCGCGUACGGGGACAGCCUCCCGCCCCCGCCGCCCAAGCCCCCCGCCGCGGACCCCCAGGAGGCCGCGCCGCCGCCGCCGCCGCUCCCCAGCCCGCAGUCGGCCAUCGAGCAGAAGGUGAUGAAGGGCAUCGAGGAGAACAUGCUGAAGCUGCAGGAGCAGGACCGCGCGGCGCCCGGCGGCCCCGAGCCCAAGCAGAAGGCGUCCAACGGCAUCGCCAGCUGGUUCGGCCUGAAGAAGAGCAAGCUGCCGGCGCUCAGCCGCAAGGCGGACGGCGCCAAGGCCAAGGAGGACAAGUGGCGGAUCAGCAUCCCCUCGGUGGGGAAGGAGUCCCAGGCCAAGGUGGCGGCGCGCUGCAAGGAGGGCGUGGAGGGCCUGAACAUCUCCACGCUCAUGGAGAAGGCGGAGGGGCUGCGGCGCGCCCUGGAGGAGGAGCGCGCCUACGUGGAGCGCUCGGGCCGCGGGCACUCGUGCGAGGUGGUGAUGGACCCGUCCCAGGGCCAGCUGGCCGUCAUGUACAGGGGCGCGCGCUCCGACAACUUCAUGCAGCAGCUGCUCAACAGAGUGGACGGGAAGGAGGUGAUCAGCGUCCCCCAGCGCCGGCUCUCCUUCGACUGCAAGACGUCCCGACCGGUGUUCACCACGCAGGGCGACGUCAUCAGCCACAUGGGGUCAGCUGGCGUGACCUCGGACGAGAACCUGGCCGACUCGGUCCACUCACAACACUUUGCAGCGUCCGGCGCCUCCACCUACACCCUGGACAGCGGCAUCGGCACCUUCCCGCUGCCCGACGGCGGGGCCGCCGGCCGCAGCCUGUCCAAGGUGCGGACGGGCGGGGCCGCGGAGCCGCGGGGGGGCUCCCCCGGCCGGGUGGCCCGCCGCGCCCGCACUCUGGACCGCGAGAUGACGGCCCAGGAGGACGGCUACAGCGCCCCCCACAGGCCGCUGGUGCCCACCGCGCAGUACGGCGCCCUGCUGGAGGGCCGGGGCCCCACGGGGGGCCUCCGCGAAGACCCAGAGGCCCACGGAGCCAACAUGUUCUCACCGCGCUCCAAGACCUGGACCUUCCCCAGCCUGAAGGGCCCCGGGGCCCCGGCCGAGGUGUACCUGGCGGUGGAGGAGGAGGAGGAGGAGCCCGUGGCCUUCAGCUCCUUCAGAGCGGGCCUGAAGGAGGGGGGGCCCUCUUCCAGCCGCGGGGGGGUGGACCCGGGCAGCCUGCCCGUACCCGUCCCGUCCGGGUUGGGCCGCCGGGGGAAGACUCGCACCCCAAGCAUCCCCGAGAUGAGCCGGGAGGCGGGGCUAGAGCUGCUGAGGGAGCGGCCCGAGGAGGCCAUCUCCCCGAGUCGCCCCCAGGUCCUGGAGACCCCGGAGUCCCUCAGCGACUCGCUCUACGACAGCCUGUCGUCGUGCGGCAGCCAAGGGUGAAGGGAGAACGGGAAAACACAAACACUAUGAGGACGGUGAAUGCUAACGGCUAGUCUGGAGAACCCUGGCGCCACACGCAGGAGAACGAUGUUGGGAGCCGCUGUCUGCUGCUGAAUCUGCACCUUCAGGACUAAAGGAACUUUAACGUUCUCCAGACCACGUGCAGCUGGAAACAGUGUUGCCAGUUUGGGACUGAUUUUUUUCGCAAAUCUGGCAACAGCCUGAUUGGGUGGGAAAUCUGGCCCAAUCUGGCAACACAGGCUGGAAGAUGACAGACUUCUCCUCAGGAUUUCUAUUAAACGCGAAACCAAAAGCCACUCAAAUGUCAUAAGAGGUUGUUCACUUUUUGUAAUGAUGCAAUUGAAUACGGACACGUCAAAUUCAUGUCAACGGGACAAAGGAAAGCAUGGGCAAAGGAACAAUUAUCACACACAUUUGCCAUUACUCGUUUGAAAGAACAGCAGGUGAAAAACCCUCCAACUCUUCAUUGUGUAGUUGUUGAAAGCGAUGACACGUGGAUCAUGUGUGAAGCCAACAUACUCUACAGCGUUUGUUGUAUCGACUAUGUACUUUAUCUUACGUUACGUUUUUAACUUCACAUCACAAGUACUGAAAAUAGUGUUUUCUUAUUCAGCUUCUUAAAUAAUGAAUGUUCAUGUCUGUGAUUCUUAAUUGCUAAACUCAUGCAUUAGUCAGAUUAGUCAGAAUGUAUGUGCUUUAAAUCACUUUUUAAAAAGGUAAUAUAUACCAGCAAUAAUAUCAUAGGAAAAAGAAAUGGCUACACUAUUCAACGAAUAUGUAUUAUUUAUUUAUUUGAAAUGUACAUUUCCUUCCGUUUAUCUAUGUGAAACGUAGUCUUAGAUUCUGUUCAUAUCGUCUGUCGCCAUCGAUCCUCUCGCUAGAGAUCAUGUAUCCGCUGACCUUUUUUCUACUCUACAAUUAAAACAAUUUUGAUUUAAUCUGGAUUGUGAUUAUGACACACGCAUUACAGUUGUUACAAAAUACACAACACACCCAAGAGUUGAGUUGAUCACAUUCAACAAAAUUUAUUUGAGCAAAUGUAUCAAAUUAUUUGAUAUAAUAGUACAUCAAUAAAAUAAAUUCUUCACAGUAUACAAACGUUCAAAAUAUUGUAAAUGUUAACAUCACAUUUGGCAAACUAAUUUCUAAAGAACAUGUACUUCAUUGAGUUUUUUUUUU